AUGACUUGGGUUGUGCUAGAUGCCCACGUCGAGCCAUUCUGGGCAGAAUAUGAGCCAAUACUGAGGAAUCAUUCGCUCAAAAUUGCUGAUAUUUGCACAAUAUUGAGUGUGCACGUUUUUUCCGUUGCAGAUGUGAACUGUAAAGACUCACGACUGCUACAAUGGCUUUCUUGUGCACGUGCAAUUUCAAGUACGGCGCUCCAGUGCCAGUUAGCUGACCCACUGAUAAUCGUGCUGAUUUUGUGA